GUAAGCUGCGUGGCAAAGUUCUUCGCUGCUUAACCCUUUAAUCCGAUGAUCAGCCUUGCCUUAAUCAAAGACGAAGCUUCACGGAAGGUACCCUAGCCAAGUCUUGUGUGGGAUUCGGGUAUAAAAGGUAAAAAUUUUAGGGUUUAGUGGGGGCCUUUUGAGAUCUCAGAUCUGAGAUUUUUGCGGGGAGCAUUCUGGAGGAGAACAGCGGACUAAAAAAGGAGGUCUUCCCAGAGAAAAAAGAAAAAAAAGGAGAAAGAAAUCGAUUGAGAGUGAAAGUGAGUUUUUUUUGGAGUCAGCUAGUGACAUGUAAUCGAACAUCCAGAAGCUUGAAUUGGAAGAAGAUUUCAUCUGUAAUCCCACUUUCAGAUUGCAAUACAAAAAGGAUUCUCGUUCAAUUUCAGGCUGUGCCGAUCCAUAUGAGAAUUUUUUCAUGGGAUCUAUUCAUUUCAAAGAUGUUGCCCUGGUAUAUAUUCUGGUGUACGAGAAUAAAUCAACUAGUGGAACGCACUUGAGUGCUGAAGCUGUUACUCAUUAUGGAGAUGGACAGGAAUUCUUAGUGAACAUAGAAGAUGUUAUGCUUGGACUAGAAUUUUUAGUUGAAGUUUCUUGUAAUAGGUAAUUUUUUGUUUUUUUUUUAUUAUUUCUUUAAUUAUCCUUUUAGUUAAUAUAAAUUUAAUAAAGAUCUGUCUGUUCGCUAUUUUGUAUUAUUCCUUCUUGUAAUGUUUGAAAUAAUUGUAGAGUACUUUU